AGAAAAAUUAAAACUUGAAAAUGCAUGAUGACGGAGAAAUUUAUAAACCAACUGCACAGCACGAGCUCUUUUUUUAAGCUUUAAAUUCAUUUCAAUUCAAUUUUUUCAUUUGUUAUUUUAUUUCAAAAAUUUUGGGUUUCUCACGCUCCCUCCACCCCAUGGACAUGGACCCAGCAUCAGAAGAGUGGGAGCUCUGCAACGACGAUGGCUUCAUUUACAAGCGAAAGAAGCGGCGGCUCGACGAACCAUCGUCCUCUCGACCCACAGAUCCUGAAGAAGAAGAAAGGCAACGAAAAGAACGCAAGAGAAAAGCGUUGUUGAAGCUCAAAAAACAUUACCAGAAAGAGAUCAAUAUGUGGGAACUUUUGUCCACUACUUUGUAUGCAAUGCAAGAGAAGACGCAAGAUAAACGACUCCAGAACUUGGAGGAAAUGCCCUCGUUUCUGGAUUCGGCUUCGAACCUCGUUGAGGAGACUGAAACGGGUUGUGGGUCACUAGUUGAUAAGCUUAUUUUGCUGGUAGAAGCCCAAGAAGCGAUAAUUCAUGAUGUUUCGAAUUUGUGCGAUGUGGCAGAAGCAAUGUGCAACGCGCAAGAGGAACAGUUAAAGCAAUCCUUCCUCGAUCUUCCUGUCUGGUCUUCACCACAGGAGCUCAUGGCUUCACUGUGUGAUGCGUAGGUUAAUUUGGAGUGCUUUAGUAUUUGGAGGCAGGUUUUUCACUGUAAUGAAUAAGCUAAUGAUAGUAUAAAUCUUGUAAUUUUUUUUCCUUUUAGGAUUAUCUGUGAUUUUGCAGGUGUUGUAUUGUAUCUGAAUAUUGAAGGAGAGACAGUGAGGGUGAGAAAAUUGUUAGCAGGAGCCUGAAUGAAUAUGUACAUAUUUGUUGGUUUCUUA